ACCGAGCUGGCUACAUGGUAUCUAUGGCUUUUCCAGUACUUGCGCCUCUGGAACCUCCGCAAGCCACAACUGAACGCCCAUUUUGAGUGCACUUCCGACACCCAGCUUAUCCUGACAACGCGCCUCCGCUACUGGCUCUCUUUGCUACAAAUGGGGUUCUCGACUACGACUUCGCUCUUAUUUGCUGCUGUAUCCUCGCGGCAACAAACUGGGACAAGGGAUACUCAGCGGUCCAACAACAGAAUCUGGUGUUUGAAAAAACCCAGCGCCCGUCGGAUGGCCUACUGCGCGGCAGGGAGUAUUUCUUUUGCUUGGUGGAUGUUGCUAUCUCGGCAUAGUAUUCCCAAAGAGAAAUACCCCAUUGCACACUCAUUCCACAACUGGCGGUUCCCACAUGACAACCUGCCACCACAAUUGGCGCGACUCGAUAUACCCGAAUACAUACCACCGCCACCUCUGAGCGGGCCGCCGGCAGUUAUGGUGCGUGAUGGAGGCUGCCGCAUUUCGGGCUAUAUAGAUGGAGUCGAGCUGGCGCAUCUGAUACUGGCGAAGGAGAAAGAACGGUGUGUGUCGAACCAAAUAUCAAAGUAG